AUGGUGGCAGAAGUCAGUAUGCGCCACUUUCCCGACUUCUCUGAUGCCUCUCUCGACCAAGACUUCUCCGAAUCCUCGUUCCAAAUCCCGACAGCUGGAGGCUCAAACGAUCUCCUGAUGGACGAGGACAGCAUCACCUUCCUGCCUAACGCAGACAACACUCUCAGCACACCCAUGGGGACUGAUUACCUCUUGGACACACAAAACAACAUCAAUCUUUCCGACUGCGCAGACAUCACCCUGAGCGCCGGCCAGCAACUGUGUCCCACUUCAUCGGAUCCACUGACGCUCUGUCAACUCAGUCCACAGUUCAAUGAAUCCUUAUCCGAACAUUCAACAUCUUCGACUUCUCGGCUCACGCCAGAACCUGUUCCAGAUGAACCCCUUCAGGCUCGUGCUGAGAACGCUUCCGGAUCCAUCGAUAGGAGUCAGGGAAUAGAACCACUUGCCAUUCAAGACGGUACUACACGGCGGAAUCACGAAGGCAAAAGCGAAGGUGUCGAAGCCCGCGACCAGCGUAUCCCGAUCGCUCAGUGGGAGAACUGUAUCAGCAACGACGACUGCGAAGCCACCGCUGAUCACACCAAGCAGCGUGCUGCAGCGAGCUCCAUGAAGACAGGCGAUGCCCAGAAGAGUAAAGUGCUGAGUAAUGAUGGUGGCAAAGGCACGGUAGGGGGUUUGGCUAGCACCCUGAUGUCAUACGGCCUCCGACUCACUGAUAAUCUCGCGAGCUCGAAUUCUCAACAAGCUACCGAACCCGUACUGAAGACGAAUUUGGCCGUCGCCCCCGUCGUCACUGCACCGAUGUCAAAAUGCACCAGUCCUGACAUGAUCAACGCGGAUACCGCGGGUGCGGCAGGCGAUGGAAGCAAAUCAGAGGGACAGGGGCAGUUCGAGCGGCUGCUUUCCGAACCCCGAUCCGCGUCCCCGGAGGCAUAUCGCGAUACCGAUCGACGCACUGAUUUGCCGCUCACGCUCUCCCAGCUUUCUCCAACGAAGGCCAAACCGUCAGAGCCUUCGGCGCCUGCAUGUCUCCACCAGGCUCCUGGCGGUCGGGCCCCCGCGCGUCCGCCCUCGCCUACUCGUCCGCCGACGAAGCGCCUGCAGUCAGCUGCUGCCUCGUCCUCUUCUGCGGUAGCUACGUCCUCGCAAAAUAAGCGCAGCAAGACUGCGCACGCUCCGAAGCCAGAGACACACUCAAGGACGACAAGCUCGUCUUCGCAGACUUCGUAUGACGGACGGGGUCGAGCCCCAGGCGCGCAGGGUACCAGUCAAAAUUUAACUUCGCAGCCCUCGAACGUACACGUACGGCACCCGUCUGCAGAUCAAGCUGCGAAGACGAAGACCAAGGCCGGCGCGAGUCUAAACGCGAGGGAGAGGGCAGCGUCCGGAUCUUCGACUUCUCGAUCGUCAGCCAACGCCGACGAGGACGGGAAGCGCGCCGCACGCGGGCAGCUGACGGACACACGCGCUGGGGCGGGGGCGACCGCAGGCAGCAGCAGAUCAGGGGACUCGGCCACCCUGUGCGACUCGCACAAGGAGAACCAGACAGCGGAUGGGAACGCGCGGAGGCCAGCAUCCGCGGAGGGGGACCACGCGCACGGGCCUAAGCCGACCAUGGAGAGAUCGGCAUCGACGCUUCCUCCCGCGAAACCGACGAAGCCGAUCGAGUUCCACUUCCGCUCUGACGCGCGGAUAGAAGCGCGAAAGGCCGAGCCCGAGAAGUCGUCGGCAGGCGGUGGCAGCAUGGGCAUGAGCAAGUCGCGGUCACAUGCACCGCUGCUCAUCCCCGACUUUAAGGCCAUGCACGCCGCGCAGGAGGCCGCGCACGCCGCGCGGCGCGAGCACAUCGUGCCCGUGAAGCCGCAGGAGAUCGAGUUCUCGACGGAGGCGCGCUCGAAAGGGCGCGAGAAGUUCGAGGAGGCGCGGCGUGCGCGCGAGCGGGAGAUCGAGUUGCAGAUGGAGGAGCGCCGGCGGCUGAGGGAGAUCGAGGAGGAGAAGGAGAUCAGAGAGCUGAGGAAGCGCGCGGUGCCAAAAGCGCAUGAGGUCCCGGAAUGGUAUGCAGACGCUCCGAAACGGCCGGGCAAGGCGAAGUCAUAA